AUGAAAGUGCGUCUAUACAUUUGUUUGAUAUCUUUAUCUGCUGUCGGUGUUGUUUUACUUCUAUUUGAAAUGCUGACAUUGAACAAUUAUGCCGUAUUUUGGGCGAAAGAAAGCGUUCCACAAAGCGUGGAAGCAGGUAGCUUACGAACGGUGAAUUCAUCCAUUCUAAUACUAUAUUGGACGACGGUUUUCGGGCACAAAGUGAAUAUUACUGGCAGCGAUGAGCAAUAUAGAUGGCCGUUUUUUGCUCUUGGUGAAAACUGUCCGGUUAAAUGUGAACUGACCACAAAUAAAAGUCGAGUUGGAGAAGCUUCAGCGAUUGUGAUACACGGUCGAAAUACGGAGGAAAUGCCGACCUCGAGUCAAUAUAAUACAGUGCCAUGGAUAUUUCAUGUGAAUGAAAGUCCUCGUUUUACCACUGCAUUUCUGAAUAAAAACAUAAUGCAGAAGUUCUCAUACUUGGCUACCCAACGGCUAGAUUCUGACUUCCCUUGUUCACUGUUUCUGAAACCGAAGCUAGCAAAGCCUGUUCCUUUUGCACAAAAGACUGGUCUAAGCAUCGCCAUUUAUAGCCAUUGCGAAAACGUUCGUACUAUAUAUCUGCAUCGUUUAAUGAAAUACAUGCAAGUAGAUUCGUACGGAAAAUGUCUACAAAAUAAACCAAGGAUACCUCCAGGCCAUCGUCUUGACACGGUCAUGGCGAAGUAUAAAUUUGUAUUUGCAUUCCCAAAUUCAGAUUGUGAUUACUACAUGACCGAAAAGAUUUAUCUUGCUUUGUCGUCUGGAUCUGUCCCCGUUUGGAUGGGGACGGAUACAAUUGACGAAAUCCUACAAUGGGGCAAUUUAAAGCAAUCUGUUAUUAAAGUUAGAGACUUUAGGUCACCACGACAACUGGCCCAAUAUCUGACAUGGCUCUCCCAAAAUGAAACCGAGUAUAAUAAGUUUCUAAAAUGGAAAUACAAAGGCUUCGAGUUCCCUAAGGAGUACUACAGUUCGAACAUUGGAAAAUGGUGGGAAGGAGGGCCUCUCUAUUGUCGAGUGUGUAUGAAAAUAGCGAAAGAUAAGCAUGUUAGAAGUGGCUUAAAUGUUGAUAAAUGCGAUGGCAAAGAAAGACGAACGCUUGAAAAGUGGAUACGAGAAUAA